UCGCCACCACCCCUGAGCUACAAGAUGAGGCUCGCCGCAGGCGCCCUGCUGGCCUGCGCCGCCCUGGGGCUGUGUCUGGCCGUCACGGAGAAGACCGUGCGAUGGUGCGCCGUGAAUGAUCACGAGGCCAGCAAGUGCGCCAACUUCCGGGACAGUAUGAAAAAAGUCCUUCCAGAGGAUGGCCCCCGUAUCAUCUGUGUGAAGAAGGCCUCCUACCUGGACUGCAUCAAGGCCAUCGCGGCACACGAAGCGGACGCCGUGACACUGGACGCGGGUCUGGUGCAUGAGGCCGGCCUGACUCCCAACAACCUGAAGCCUGUAGUAGCAGAGUUCUAUGGGUCAAAAGAGAAUCCAAAGACCUUCUACUAUGCUGUGGCUCUGGUGAAAAAGGGCAGCAACUUCCAGCUGAACGAGCUCCAAGGCAAGAAGUCCUGCCACACAGGCCUCGGCAGGUCCGCCGGGUGGAACAUCCCAAUAGGCCUACUUUACUGUGACCUACCGGAGCCACGCAAGCCCCUGGAGAAAGCAGUGGCCAGUUUCUUCUCGGGCAGCUGUGUCCCCUGUGCGGAUGGUGCGGACUUCCCCCAGCUGUGUCAGCUGUGCCCAGGGUGUGGCUGCUCCUCCGUUCAGCCGUAUUUCGGCUACUCCGGCGCCUUCAAGUGUCUGAAGGAUGGUCUUGGGGAUGUGGCCUUUGUCAAGCAAGAGACCAUAUUUGAGAACCUGCCCAGCAAGGAUGAGAGGGAUCAGUAUGAGCUGCUGUGCCUGGACAACACCCGGAAGCCAGUGGACGAGUAUGAGCAGUGCCACCUGGCUCGGGUCCCUUCCCAUGCAGUCGUGGCCCGAAGUGUGGACGGCAAGGAGGACCUGAUCUGGGAGCUUCUGAACCAGGCCCAGGAACAUUUCGGCAAAGACAAAUCGGGAGACUUCCAACUGUUCAGCUCUCCUCAUGGGAAGAACCUGCUGUUUAAGGACUCAGCCUAUGGGUUUUUUAAAGUUCCCCCCAGGAUGGACGCCAACCUGUACCUGGGUUAUGAGUACGUCACCGCCGUUCGUAACCUACGGGAAGGCAUAUGCCCAGACCCCUUACAGGAUGAGUGCAAGGCGGUGAAGUGGUGCGCUCUGAGCCACCACGAGAGGCUCAAGUGUGAUGAGUGGAGCGUUACCAGUGGAGGGUUAAUAGAGUGUGAAUCGGCAGAGACCCCGGAAGACUGCAUUGCCAAGAUCAUGAAUGGAGAAGCUGACGCCAUGAGCUUGGACGGAGGAUAUGUCUACAUAGCGGGCCAGUGUGGUCUGGUGCCUGUCCUGGCAGAGAACUAUGAAAGCACUGAUUGCAAGAAAGCACCGGAGGAAGGGUAUCUUUCUGUGGCAGUGGUGAAGAAGUCAAAUCCUGACAUAAACUGGAACAACCUGGAAGGCAAGAAGUCCUGCCACACAGCGGUGGACAGAACGGCUGGCUGGAACAUCCCCAUGGGCCUCCUGUACAACAGGAUCAACCACUGCAGGUUUGAUGAGUUUUUCCGUCAAGGCUGUGCACCUGGCUCUCAGAAGAAUUCCAGUCUCUGUGAGCUGUGUGUCGGCCCAAGUGUGUGUGCUCCCAACAACAGAGAGGGAUACUAUGGCUACACGGGGGCUUUCAGGUGUCUGGUGGAGAAGGGAGACGUGGCUUUUGUGAAGUCCCAAACUGUGCUGCAGAACACUGGUGGACGGAACUCUGAACCAUGGGCUAAGGAUCUGAAGGAAGAAGACUUUGAGUUGCUGUGCCUUGAUGGUACCAGGAAGCCUGUCUCUGAGGCUCACAACUGCCAUCUUGCCAAAGCUCCAAAUCAUGCCGUGGUCUCGAGGAAAGAUAAGGCAGCUUGUGUUAAGCAGAAACUGCUUGACCUGCAGGUUGAGUAUGGAAAUACAGUGGCUGACUGCUCCAGCAAGUUUUGCAUGUUCCAUUCUAAAACCAAGGACCUUCUAUUCAGGGACGACACAAAAUGCCUGGUUGACCUUCGGGGCAAAAACACAUAUGAAAAAUACCUGGGAGCAGAUUAUAUUAAGGCUGUCAGUAACCUGAGGAAAUGCUCAACCUCACGACUCCUGGAAGCCUGCACUUUCCACAAACAUUAAAAUCCACGAGAGAGCUGCCACACGGCUGGAGAUGGAGCUUGGAUGACCCAGGAGUUUCUUCUGGAUCUGCUGUGCUUGAGAGUGUUGUGCCAAUCAUGUCUGUCUUUACAGUUCUGUGUUGCCAAGUGUGUAGAAUGCAGAAUAAAAACUAUUACAGAUUUUACAUUUCG